UAAAACGUAGCCUCUAUGAUCAAUCGAAGUAUUCGCAGUUAUAAUUAACAGAGAACAUGUUGUUCUAUGUGCUUACAGUUAGUGUAUUCGGCAUUGCGACAUUUGGAUUAUCCCCAGUUGCAGAAUCUAAUAUUUCUAUGAUCACAUGUAAGCGGAAUUCUGAUGAUUAUUCCUCUUGUUUGAAACGCGCUUUAGACGAAACAUGGUGGCCGCAGCUUUUAAAAGGGAUGCCAGAAUUUGACGUUCCACCAAUAGAUCCAUUAUUUGCCAAAUACGCUAAAAUUAUAUUUAAUUCUAACCUUAUGCAUGCAGAAGCAAUUAUUUCAAAUCUCUCUGCCAUUGGUUUAGCGGAGGCUAGUUUUUCUGAUAUAAGAACAUAUUUUCUUGAUGACGUGUUCCGUGUGGAAAUCGACGGUCAAGUACCAAGUAUGUUUGUAGAAGCUGCCGUGAAAAUAAAUGGUGUUCUAAGUAUAUUCAAAGUUGCCGCUGAAGGUCAUUUAACUGUGACUGCGAACGAUAUUAGGGGAACAUGCAGUUUAAUAGGACACGUAGCAAACGAUACGUGGAUUGUUGAACAUUUUCGUCUCCUUCCAUUAAUUGGAAAGUUUAAAGUGUCUUUUGAUAAUUUGUUAGAAGGCAGUAAAGAAUUCAGUGAUAUUGUUAUAACUUUUGUAAAUGAAUACUGGCCGUUGGUAUAUCGCGAAACAAUGCCAUUCUUGUUUGACAGAGUUGACCCAUUGGUAGUUGAGUUUCUCAAUAAAUUUUUCUCAGAUGUUUCCUUCUCGAAAGUAUUUCCAUAACUUGUAUAUUUAUUAUACCUUAGUGAAAUGUGAAUUUCUUAUAAAACUGGAAAUACCAUUAGUAAAUACAAAAAUAUAUGGAAUACUACUUAACAACCCUGAAAUUCUACCUAACUUGAAACUUUAUUUUUAACUAUUGUGUAUAAACAGGUAAAAUAAAUAACUUGAAGAAUUUA